AUGCUACUCGCGCGGUGGGUUGCAGCGCACUUUCGCCCGCUGAUUAUUGUCGAAGAUGAAGGCUUCCUCGAGUUCAUUGCGUUUAUCACUGAAAAGUUGUGUGGUGUUCGCGUGGCAAUUCCCAAGCGUGCUCAAUUGCGUGGGUGUAUCAUCUCGGUGGCCGACCAAAUGAGGAUUUUCGUGUGCGCCGGCAUCGAGCAGUCGUGCGAAUAUUUUUCAAUUACGUGCGAUAUUUGGACUUCGAGGAACCCGCGAAGUUACAUUGCAUUUACUAUCCACUAUUUGACCGAGUCAUUUGAGGUGCGAAACUGGACGCUGGAA